AUGGGGGCAUGUGGUUGGUGCUCCAUCGGUGUUGGUGUCGUCGUUCCCGUUUCCCUUACGGCUCUGCUGUUCUCUGCCCUCUCUGUCUCCUACUUUUGUGUGGCGUCUCCUCCGCUUUGCGCCGAAGGCAGUGGUCGCAUGGAGGAGAGCCCUAUGCGGUGUGAAGCCUGUGGCGCACGCGCGGCCGUGUGCCUGCGAAGUAGCGGCGGUGGCGCUUGCCCUCAGCCUGCGGCGGACCGGCCUGUUCGUUUUUGCUACGUCUGCGGGGGAUCGUUGCGCCCCGCCGGAUCUGCCGCGCAGGCGGCGCCGCCGCCGGCUGCUGUUGCUGCUGAAGGGCCCUCAGUCCGGAAAGAGGCGAGGCCCACGCCGGCGGAGCCCGUCUCCUGCGGCGAGCUACGGGCGUUGCUGCGGCGACGCCUGGCUGCGCGUGGGGGUUUGUCCCUCAUCCGCUGCGCGCCGUGUGCGGCGACUUGCCGGCGGCCGCGGUCCCCGACGGAUCUCCUGCCGCCGCCGCCGCCGCCACCGCCGUUAUCGUCGUCGUCGUCGUCGUUGUCGUCGCUGUUAGAGUCCUGUGAGGAGACGCGGGCGGUACGGCCAUGGGGUGGGGCCGCGGCGGAGCGGGAGCCGCCCGAGUUGCUUGCAUGGGCGACGCCGUCGUUGCGCGACGAAGACUUUGCGACCGCGACCGCGACAGCCCCGCCGUGGCUUUUCGCGCGCGUGACGACCGUCGAGGAGGCGCUGGCGGAGAUGGCGCUGGAGUUCAACACGCGGCUUGCGUCGCUGCAGGCGAGCGCGCGGUGUGAAGUAAACGACUGGAGGCAGCAGACCUCGGAGCUGCGGGCGGAGCUCCGAGAGCGGCGGGAGCGGGAGGCGGCGCUGCUGGGGCGCGUGGAGCAGUUGGAGACGCAGCUGCGCGGGCGGGACGAGGCGCACGCCGCGGCGGUGCUGGAGGAGCGACGCACGCGGGAGGAGGCGCAGCGUUGGCGUCUUCAGCAGGAGGAGAAACGGCAGGAGAGUCUGAACGCGGCGUAUCGUCUGUUGUGUGACACGCUUGGCGUUUGCCACACGGGCUCGUGA